AUGUUCAGAACAGUGCAAAGAAGGGGUAUGGCCUCUAUGGCCAAGGAGUUGGUCUUGCCUAAGAAGUAUGGUGGUAGAUACACUGUGACUUUGAUUCCUGGUGACGGUGUUGGUAAGGAGAUCACGGACUCUGUUGUGUCUAUCUUCGAAGCUGAGAAUAUUCCUGUUGACUGGGAGAGAGUGGACAUCAGCACUUCUGACAACAUCCAGGACGUCUCCCAGGCUGUGGAGUCCCUGAAGAGAAACAAGAUCGGUUUGAAAGGUAUCUGGCAUACCUCCGCCGACAUCGCGGACCAUGGCUCUUUCAACGUGGCGUUGAGGAAGCAGCUGGAUAUGUUCGCCCACGUAGCGUUCUUCAAGUCUGUCCCAGGUGUCAAGACCAAGAUCCCAAACGUGGACUUGGUGGUCAUCAGAGAGAACACAGAAGGUGAGUACUCCGGUCUGGAGCACGAGUCCGUGCCAGGUGUAGUAGAGUCCCUAAAGAUCAUCACAAAGGCCAAGUCCGAGAGAAUCGCCAGAUUCGCCUUUGAUUUCGCCAAGAAAUACAACAGAAAGAGCGUGUGCGCUGUCCACAAGGCCAACAUCAUGAAGAUGGGUGACGGUCUGUUCAGAAACACUGUCACAGAGAUCGGUGCCAAUGAAUACCCAGAUAUCCAAACCUCCUCCAUCAUCGUCGACAAUGCGUCCAUGCAAGCCGUCGCAAAGCCACACCAGUUCGACGUCAUGGUUACUCCAUCUAUGUACGGUACCAUCAUCGGUAACAUCGGUGCCGCCUUGAUCGGUGGUCCAGGUCUGGUCGCAGGUGCUCACUACGGCAGAGAGCACGCCGUGUUCGAACCAGGUUCCCAACACGUCGGUCUAGAUAUCAAGGGUAAGAACGUUGCCAACCCAACCGCAAUGAUCUUGUCCUCCACAUUAAUGUUGCAGCAUCUAGGUCUAACAGAAUCCGCUAAGAGAAUCGCAAAGGCCACACACGACGUCAUCUCCUUGGGACAAGUCACCACCAAGGACAUCGGUGGUUCAGCAUCUACUACUGAAUUCACAGAAGCAAUCAUCAAGAGAUUGGGUGAAUUGUAA